UCCUCUACCCGGCUCCUUCUCCACCACGCAGCAGAGAGAGAUAUCAGUGUGUACUGUGGGGUGCAGACCAUCACACUCAAAAUCAACUUCUGCCCUGUCCUCUUCUCUGGCUACACCGACAUGGACCUGGCCCUCAAUGGUCGCCACGGAGACGCCCACUGCCGUGGAUUCAUUAAUAACAACACCUUUCCCUCUGUCGUAAUUUUUAGUAUCAGCCUGGCAGCGCUGGAGUCCUGUGGCAAUUCUUUGGUGGUCUCCACAGCUCAGGGACCCAACGCGUAUGGAAGCCUGUCACUGGUGCAGAUUGGUAACAUUUCAGGAUAUAUUGAUACACCGGAUCCCCCCACCAUCAUCAGCUACCUGCCAGGUCUGUUGUACAAGUUCAGCUGCAGUUACCCACUGGAAUACCUGGUCAACAACACACAGCUGGCCUCGUCAGCAGCUGCAAUCUCAGUGAAGGACAGCAAUGGCACUUUCAUCAGUACAUUGAAUCUGCUGCUUUACAAUGACUCAUCAUACAUUCAACAGCUGCCUAUCCCUAUGGCAGGCCUAACCCUGAAGACGCGAAUAUUUGCAGCUGUAAAAGCCACUAACCUGGACAGGAGAUGGAACGUCCUAAUGGACUACUGUUACGCCACGCCGUCUGGAAACCCCAACGAUGACCUUCGCUAUGAUCUUUUCUUUAGCUGUGAAAAAGACCCCCAGACCACUGUCUUUGAGAAUGGGAAAAGCCAAAUAGGCCGCUUUGCCUUCGAAGUAUUCCGCUUUGUAAAGCACAAGAACCAGAAGAUGUCCACAAUCUUCCUGCACUGUGUCACCAAGCUGUGUCGAGCAGAUGACUGCGCAAUGCUCAUGCCAAUCUGUGGCAGCAGGAAAAAGAGAGAUGUGUCAGAGGGAAGCGAAUCAAACACAGCAUCUGGAAAUGCCAUCCUGACUGCUGGGCCUAUUAUCACUCGGAGUGAUGAAACAACAAACUACUCCCAACUGGCUGAUCUGAAACCUCCAGUCUUUCAGAUGAACACAGUGACAAGUGCACUCAUCUCAGGUGUGAUCAUCCUUGGUGUUAUGAGUGUUUGCUUCUUCAUCUUCUCCCUGACCCUUCUCAAAGGCAAGAGCACUCCUGUCAGUACCCUGUCUGGAACCAUCAACUCAGCCUUCAACUAAGCACAGAACCCAAAUCACUGCAGACACUCCUCCACAGCCAACAAUGUUAAGGGAGGGUCAAACAGAUGCGACAUUAUGUUUGUGUACGUAGAGAAUAAAAAACAAAAUGAUUUAGAGAACAUUUAACAGAGCUGUACGGUGUGCACUAGUGUAGAAGUGAAACGAGACUUUUUAAAAUGUUGUUGUGCUUCAACCACAUGUCAGGGCAGGUCUCAACCUGCAUGUGAUCAUUUGUCAUGCAGGUUUAACCCACAGAGCGGGGACACUAAUUCAAUACCUCAGCUGUACAACUUUCAAUUCCAGGGUAUAGGAUUAACUACAUGGCAUGCAUUUCACUAUGACAGCAUACAUAUACUCUGCUGGUAAAAGUGCAGGCUGAAAUAUAAGAACACUUAAUUGAAAAUGACAAACUCUGUGAAACAUUAAAAAGUGAUAACCUUUGAUUAAGUGAUUGCUGUGAAUUCAACAAAGCCUUGGGCUUAAGUCUUAAACUCAAUUUAAAAAAAAAAAGUCUAACUUAUAAUGAUAUAAUAUUUGGAAUUAAUCUCAAAUUUAUAAAUACUUGGGGAUGAACUUAUGAGUAAUCGGUUUGUAGCUGUGCUGUACCUAAAAUAUGUAGUUCACACGCUGACUUUAAAUACUUCAUGCAAUGUGGCUACAAUAAUCUUAAGUUUCAUUUGUAUAUGUACCCCAUGCAAUUAUGUAUAACUU